AUGCUCGUGAGGUGGAUCGACUCCUUUCUAAGUGUCCGAUCUACUACACUUGGAUCUCUCGAAAACCCAGAUGAUUUGAGGGAUUUUGUAUUGGGAUUUACGCAAGGGAAUGCAUCAUUCGAUUUCAUCGAUGUCGGACACGGAAAGGAAAGGGCUGAUUCAAAGAUCAAAGAAUGCAUGUGCUGGCACCUUCGAAACCACAACUGUAAACAGAUUCUCCUGGGUAUAUCUCACGAUGCAGGCUACGCACCCUUUCUCGACGAAGUAGUGACCCAAGACGACCACUACCGAAUCACCAUAGUCGAAGGCCCGCGCACUAUCCGCGAGCUCACCGCCACCGGUCUCCAAAUCUUGAAUUUCAACAACAUAUUCCGUACCGAAAAACUCGUCGAUCGUUUAGUUCCCUCUCCCACGCCACCUUCCACCUGGGCAGGGGUGACAUCUAUUACUCCUCCGCCUCCAACCGCCUCUUCUGUAUCAGUCAAAAAUGGAACAAUAACCACGAUCAACAAGAAACCAACUCCAACUCCCGCUUCAGCAAAACCAGCCUGGGUCCCUGGCCUCCGUAGUCUUGACCCCCCCAUCACUAUAAACGCCACCGUCCUUGACAAAAUCAAGCGGCGCACAUUCAACAAGCUCUGCAAUAACCAUUAUCUGCGUGGUCCUUGUGCAAAAAGGGAUGGAUGCUGUUUCGAACACCAGUAUAGAGCCACUAAAGAGGAUUUGAAGGCCAUUGCGUAUCUGACGAGAUUGAACCCUUGCCUGAAUGGCCAGGAUUGCGAGUUAGAGUUUUGUAUUUAUGGACAUCAUUGUCCGAGUGUUACAUUAGGCACAAAUGGAAGGGAACCGGUUUGUAAUGCGUUUGGAUGCAAGUUUGGAAAGGAGGACCAUCCGCCUGGGACCGUCAUCAAGCAUCCGCGGAAGGAGAGGUGGGAGAAAGACUAUGCGCCGGGGAUUAUCUCAUGUCUCCCCAUGAGUUGGAAACUUCGAAAACGCAAGCAUUGCCUCAACCUUCCCCACUUGACGGGUCAUCGCAGCUAUCCGCUCUGCCAGAAACAGCAAGUCAAAGCAAAGAUGUACAACAACCUGUCAACGACGAACGAGAGCGUAAAGUUAAGCUCUUGA